AUGGCCACUAACACAACUCCCAACUCCGUCACCCCUCCACAACCUCAAUUCUCGAGGAUGGAACAACACACAAAGCACGAGCAAGGGUGGAGAAGAGUAGUUCGUAAUUUCACCCCAUCAUGGUUCUCUGUCUCUAUGGGCACGGGGAUUGUUUCUCUCUUGCUUCACAAUCUACCAUACAAUGGGAUAUGGCUGUACUGGCUUUCCAUCGCGAUUUUCCUACUGAACGUACUUCUCUUCCUCGCCGGGUCUGUGAUCACUGUUCUUCGCUACACCUUAUAUCCGGAGAUCUUUCUCGCAAUGAUCAAACACCCGGUUCAGUCGAUGUUCAUCGGCACCUUCCCCAUGGGCCUUGCAACGAUCAUCAAUAUGAUCUGCCUCGUAUGUGUCCCUCAAUGGGGCCAAUGGGUCAGUUAUUUUGCCUGGGGACUGUGGAUAUUUGACGCGGCAAUAUCGGUGACGGUAGCACUGUCCUUGCCGUUCAUACUCAUGGCCCAUGGCGAACAGACCCACCUAUCUUCGAUGACAGCUGUGUGGCUUCUCCCAAUCGUCAGCUGUAUCGUCGCCGCCUCCUCUGGCGCCAUUGUGGCGGAGGUUCUUCCGAACCCCCAGUAUGCUCUGUGGACGGUAAUCACCAGCUAUGUUCUGUGGGGUAUAGGACUCCCCCUUGCGUUAAUGGUAAUGGUGAUCUAUCUUGCACGACUUGCGCUUCAUAAAUUGCCACCUAAAGCGGUGAUUGUCAGUGUUUUUCUUCCGCUGGGUCCAUUAGGGCAGGGCGGGUAUGGGGCGAUGAAACUGGGACAAUGUGCGCGAGAUAUUUUCCCCGAAACACAAACCCUCGAACAAACCUCUGGAUCAACAUUCUAUGCGCUCGGUUUUCUUGUUGGAUUAAUUUUAUGGUCCUUUGGACUUGUUUGGCUUUUCUUUGCAAUCGCCUCGAUCGCUCGCAACAAGACAUUUCCUUUCAACAUUGGGUGGUGGGGAUUUACGUUUCCUUUGGGAGUAUUUGCCACCACCACCUGUCAAAUGGGUAGAGAACUCCCAUCUGAAUUCUUUAAUAUUAUUGGAACGAUCCUAUCUAUUUUUGUCGUGAUAUUGUGGAUCAUCGUGAGUAUUGGAACACUGAAAGGGGUCGUUUCAGGGAAACUUUUUGUUGCACCUUGUUUGGCCGACCUACGGGUAGAAGACAAGGAUGCGGGCAAGACAGCGUGA